AUGUCGGAACUAUCAUCUUCAACGCAAAUAUUUCUUCUACUGAUAUUAUUGAUUAUUUGCGUUUUAAUUAUUCAUUUACUUAUACGCAAACGAUUUAAUUAUUUGCCCGAAAGUGUGGCUAUUAUUUAUAUCGGUGGAAUAUUUGGUUUAGUUAUUAAAUUAUACAAUCAAUGGAUAUCAAAAAGCGAUCAGUCACCAACGGCAAUCGUUCAAACAUCAUCUCCAUUGCUAAAUUCGAAUUUAUUUUUCAUGCUUUUUCUUCCACCGAUUAUAUUCGAACAAGGUUAUCAUUUACACAAAGGUAAUUUCUUUCGAAAUCUUGGAACAAUUUCAACAUUCGCAAUAUUUGGUACAACCAUAAAUGCACUCGUUACUGGUGUUGGUCUUUAUUUAUUGGGACUGGCUAAUUUAUCUUAUAAAUUACCAUGGCGAGAAUGUUUUAUCAUUGGAUCGCUUAAUUCUGCGAUUGAUCCUGUUGCUAUUCUAUCGAUAUUUCAAGUGUUGAAUGUUGAUCAAUUACUAUAUAUGCUUGUUUUUGGUGAAUCAAUUCUCAACGAUGCUGUAGCGAUCGUAUUAACAAAUGUUAUUGUAGAAUCAAAAAGACAAUUUGUAAAUAUCAGUACCACUAAAUUAACAACAUAUUCAAUGAUUGGUCUAUUAGCAAGUUCGAAUUUUACAACUACACCAUCGGUAACAACAUCACUUCGACAUCGAAAUUAUAAUGAUUUAACGCAACUUAGUCAUCAACGACCUUUCUAUGAACCAAAACCGGAUAUAUCUAAUUUAUUUCCAAAUGAAAAUGAAAAUAAUGAUUUAACUGACGAUGAAGUCGAUGAAUCUACUGAACCAGAAACUUUCAAUAAUUUUAUAAAUAAGCAAAACAUUCAAUCGAAGAAACGAAGAAGAAGAGCAGGAUCAUCUAGAUUUAAACGAGCCGUACAAAUCAAUAGUACGACAACAUCAUGGUCAACACAAAUCGUUUCAUCGGUUAAAACUUUAAUGCAUAUCUCGACUAGAUUUUCUUUAAUGUUUUAUUCGUCCGGUUUUCUUGGUCUCGUUUUUGGUUUAACAAGUGCAUUGUUAACAAAACAUCUUGCCUUUGAUAAAAGUUCAUUAUCAUUAGAAAUUUCACUUCUUCUUCUCACGGCAUAUGCAUCAUAUAUGUUUGCUGAACUUUUUCAUUUAUCGGGUAUUAUGUCGAUUCUUGUAUGUGGCUUAACAAUGUCACAUUAUACACACGAAAAUUUGUCCCAAGUCGGCCGUCAAUCAAUAACUGUCAUCUUUCGUACGAUCGCUUUUUUAGCUGAAACUUGCGUUUUUGUUUAUUUGGGCUUGGGAAUAUUUGAAUAUCAACAUGCAUUCCAUCCAAAACUUAUUUUUUGGACAAUCGUAUUAACAUUAGUUGGACGUGCAGCACAUGUUUUUCCAUUAUCAUUUUUAAUGAAUUGUUUUCGAUCGAAAAAUCAUCGCAUUACAUUUUCAAUGCAACUGAUUAUGUGGUUUGCCGGAUUAAGAGGUGCUAUUUCCUAUGCACUUUCUGUCCAUGUCGGUCAAUACUAUGGUGAAAAUGAAGAAGAACUUAAACGGACUCUUGUUACGACUACACUAGUCACUGUUCUAUUCACAAUACUUGUCUUAGGUGGUCUAACCAUACCUGUCGUGAAGCUCAUUCGACGUCGUUCACCGUCAACGUCUCAUCAACAUUCAUUAGAAUCAUCUGAUGAUGUGAAUGUACAUGCGAUGAUGAGUAAAACAAUGCAAUUUGAUGAUUUACUUAAUGACGACGAAAAUUAUAUGCAUAAAAGAAAACGUAAUUUGAAUGAUGAUAGUAUUGAUAGUUAUGAAAUUCAAUUUGCUAAUCCAAAUUCAAUGAAAGGCUUAGAAAAACUAAAUGAAGUUUAUAUAAAACCAUUACUUAUACGAAAACAAUCGCUGAAAGACAACGAUGAACAAGAUGUAAGACAACACGAUCGUAAACCAUUGUUAUCAACCAAUGGAAAGAACUCUUUACUUAUGGAUGAUUUUGAUGAUGAGGAGGACGAUGAAGAUGGCGAAGACGACUUACUUGUUGUAAACCAAUUGCGGCAAGAAAAUUUUCAAUUGAAAACAGUCAAUCAAAAAUCGAAAGAUUCAAUACGAAUAAAUUUAGCAUCACAGAAUACUUAA